CACAGCAGUAUUUCUGAUUCCCAGCUUGACGAUAUCCAUACCACAGGGGACAGCCCCGACAGACCGCCAUGACCCCCCUCAUCCUCCUCCCCCUCCUCCCCCUCGCCGCCCUCGCACAGCUCACACCCUCACCGACAUUCUCCCCUCCUACAGCCUCGGCGGGCCUCGUAGCCUCUACUGAUACCGUCAACACUCAAUGGUCGAAUAUCAUCGGCAACUCGCUCUACUUUUAUGAUGCCCAACGGUCAGGCAAUCUGAGCUCGGGGACGUACGAGAAUAGAGUAGAAUGGAGAAACGAUAGUUGUGAGGAUGACGGGAGUGACUAUGGGCUGGAUCUCAGUGGUGGAUGGUAUGACGCUGGAGAUUACAUCAAGGCGACGUUCCCUAUGACAUUCACGUUGUUUGGGAUAUCAUGGGGAGCCUUGACACAUGGCGAAGGCUACGGUUUGGCGAACCAAACGGCGUAUCUCGACGGCACCCUUCGAUGGGGCUUCGACUGGCUCAUUAAGGCACACCCAACAGACGACCAGCUUUUCGUCCAAGUCGCCUCUGAAGAGGUCGACAACAACUACUGGGGCGGCGAUCAAGAUAUCCCUACUCCCCGACCUUCCUAUCCCAUCAACGCGUCCUACCCUGGUACCGAUGCCUGGGCUGCCGCUUCCAGAGCGUUCGCCAUGGGCUCCUUGCUCUACACCCCGGGCUUGACCUACAACGUCACAUCGUCCACCGGCCCACCCACGAGCCCCUCCUUGGCCGACGCGUCGUACGCCACGAGGCUGCUGGAUCACGCCAAGACAUUAUACGACGUCGCCAACUCGACCACGCCCCGCCAGACGUAUUACACGACUCUCGGCGAGCCGCUGCAGGCAUACGCAUCGUCGAGCUGGAAAGACGAUCUCACGCUUGCAGCGCUGACUCUGGCUUUGGCCACGAAUGACUCGAGCUAUUAUCUCGAUGCGCACAAUUAUUACUCCGAGUACAAGUUGACAACGCGGCAGGAUGUGUGGAACUGGGAUACCCAGACGCCGGCUAUCUAUGUGCUUUUCGCAGAGAUUGCGAGUGCCAGGCCUGAUUUAGCGGCGGGUGCUGGGCUGGACGCCAAUUUGACCGGGUGGCAGACCGAAGUAGAGGGUUAUUUCGACAAGAUUGUCAAUGACAAUCUUGAUGAUGGCUAUACCACCGAUGGCGGCCUGUUGUAUUUUGAAGGCGACUCGGAUGAAGCGAGCUUGAACCCUGCCAUGGCCAUCGCCACGCUCAUGUUCAAAUACGCUCCCAUCGCAUCCACAUCCGACAAGACCGACUCAUACAAUGACUUUGCCUCAUCCCAGUUAUCCUACCUCCUCGGAGCCAACCCAAUGAACGUCCCCUACAUCGUCGGCCUCCACCCCAACUCCCCUUCCAACCCCCACUCCGGUCUCGCCUCUGGCGGCACGGAUAUCAACAAUAUCCGUACCAGCCCCGAGACCGAGUUACGCGUCUUGUACGGUGCGGUGGUCGGCGGGCCGCUGAGCAGCGACAAGUUUUGGGAUUGGAGAGAUGAUUGGGUGCAGACGGAGGUGGCGUUGGACUAUAAUGCGAUGAUCUCCAUCUUGGCUUCCAUGCAGGUAAGCUAUCUCUUUUGCAAUAAUAUCUGUGUGCUGAUGAAGGUAUAGCUCAUCAAUGGUACCUCCGACCCACCCUACGUCUCCAUCCAAGCCAACACAUACACCAUCCCCGAUGGCGACCCAUGCGACGAAGCUCUUCCCUGUAGCGGCAGCGGAGGUCUGUCAAAAGGAGCCAAGAUUGGGAUUGCGGUUGGUGUGGUUUUGGGGGUGUUGUUGUUGGCUGGGUUGGGCUUUUGGAUUUGGAGAAAGUACAGGAGAAGACGGUCGUGGUAGGAACACCUUGGGGCGGCGCACGUCAUUUGUUGGUGGAGUGCAGAGAAGCUUUUACGGGUUCGUUCAAUAUGGACAUAUGAUGGUUUUAUAAAUUUUGGCAUGUCAUCUCAUUGUGUGUUGUGUUUCAAUUGACUGGAAUCAGACUCUGACAUCUGACAAUGUCCGAGUACAUACGAGCAAAUGAUCAAUUCACUGAUCUACAUACGGCCGAAACGUCAGCCUGUUGAUUGAUCAACUUUCGGCCAUCAUGCGACAUCAUGAUGGGCAAGUGUCAGAUCACGUUUGACCGGCGUUCAUCACCUCUAGUUUUGGUUGUGCGCGGCUGAUCAUCAUCGUUUCGCGGAUCGAUUACAUAGGCAUACGCGGCAUACCACGC